UCUGUCUGUCUCUCUCUCUCUGUCUGUCUCUCUCAGGCGGAUGUCAGACGGUCUGUUUCUCAGAAAGUGUCGUGAGGUUGCAGAGAACUACAAAGACAUCAAGUUCACUGAGAUGUACCUGGACACAGUUUGUCUCAAUAUGGUUCAGGACCCGACCCAGUUUGACGUCCUGGUGAUGCCGAACCUGUACGGAGACAUUCUGAGUGACCUGUGUGCCGGUCUGAUCGGAGGACUCGGGGUCACGCCCAGCGGGAACAUCGGCGCUAACGGGGUUGCCAUUUUUGAAUCGGUCCACGGCACCGCCCCGGACAUCGCCGGCCUGGACAUGGCGAACCCCACCGCCCUGCUGCUCAGCGCCGUCAUGAUGCUGCGUCACAUGGGUCUCCACUCCUACGGCAACAAGAUCCAGACGGCCUGCUUCGACACCAUCAGAGAUAAGAAGGUUCUCACUAAAGACCUCGGAGGAAACUCAAAGUGCUCGGAGUUUACGUCAGAGAUCUGUCGACGUGUUCAGGAUCUGGAGUAGAGCAGCUGUCGGAGCCCGAGUCUCCGCCCACCAGAACCAGCUCUGUCACCGGCCCCGCCCCUUGUUCCUCCUGCUCCUGGGCGGGGCUUCUGCAGGAAGCUGUGUUAGUCACAAGAUAAAACAUUCUGAGAAAACACGCACAAGUUUGACCAACUCUGAAAGAAGUAAUUUCUUUAAGUAUAAUGAAUAACAAUAUUGAUAUCUUUAGUCUGCCUCUGUUGUCUCGACACUCCGGAUAUUUAAUAUUUUUUUAACGCUGAUGCAGUUUGACUUAUUUAUUGUUUCUACUUCCUGUUACUGUGGAGCUGCUCUGUUCAGGUUCACUCAGAAAUAUGAGCUUUAUGUAUAAAAGAUGUUUCAAAUCAACAAACAUGAAGCGUCGCUGCUUUAACGUGUUCAUUCUUCAAUAAAAAGGGCUUUUCAAACGUU